AUGCCAUUCCAGGCCCUGUCAUCCCUCAGCCUGGCCAAGAAUGAGAUCGCAGCCUGUGAGAUGGGAGGGCAUGAGAAGCUGCAGAUACUGGAUGUCUCAUCGAACAAGCUCGCCUCCCUCACAGGUCUGGGAGCAUUGCCAGCCCUUCGUACUCUUAAUGCCUCAGACAAUGAGCUGGCAGAUCUCAAUGGGAUCAAUGAAGCGGCAGCUCUGGAGGAGCUUCAACUGAGCCAGAACAAGCUGCCAGUCUUGGAGGGCCCAUGGACGGAGCGAACUAUGGGGGGGACUCUGGAACAGGGUGUGCAAGGAGUUUCCCGACGUUCUUUGCAACAACUGGGCAUCUCAGCUACAGCAAAAAAUGGUUUUAAACACAUAUGUCGGUGA